CAGGAGUUUGAGACCAGCCUGGCCAACAUGGCAAAACCCCAUCUCUACUGAAAAUACAAAAGUUAGCUGGGCGGGGUGGCAUGCACCUGUAAUCCCAGCUACUAGGGAGGCUGAGGCAGGAGGAUUGCUUGAACCUGGGAGGCAGAUGUUGCAGUCAGCUGAGAGUGUGCCUGGGCAACAGAGCAAGACACCAUCUCAAAAAAAAAGUAGCUAAAAAAUAGAUAUAGAAUGUUCUCAACACAAAGAAAUGAUAAAUGAGAGAGCGGGACAUCUGGUUUCUGAGUGGGAACCUUCACAGUGCCAGUGACAAAAGAGAGAAUUAAAUAUGGGUGAUGUUGAGAAAAGCAAGAAUACUUGUGUUCAGAAGUGUGCCCAGUGCCACACCACGGAAAUGGGAGGCAAGCACAAGACUGAGCCUAACCUCCAUGGUCUCUUUGGGUGGAAGACAGGUCAGGCCAUUGGAUUCUGCUACAUGGACACCAGUAAGAACAAAGGCAUCACCUGGGGAGAGGACACACUGAUAGAGUAUUUGGAGAAUCCAAAGAAUUACAUACCUGGAACAAAAAUGAUCUUUGGUGGCAUUAAGAAGAAGGGAGAAAGGGCAGACUUGAUAGCUUAUCUCAAAAAAGCUGCUCAUGAGUAAUAAUUGGCCACUGUGUUAUUUAUUACAAAAGAGAAAUGUCUCAUGAAUUUUUUA